AUGACAGCGAUCAAGAUUGAAACACAAUUAAGUCAGCUUGGAAAUAAUGCCAAGAACGUUGAUGAACAAGAUUCAUCAUCUAUAGCUAAUCAUGGAAAAUUUCAAGAGAAUUCAUUUUUUCAAAAGCAUCUUCCGCAAGGACUCUGUGAAGUAUUAGAGCAUUGGUAUUCCGAUGGUACAUUAAAAGACGAAGAACAAGAAAUAUUUCGGAAUAGUACAGAAUAUCUUCUUGCAUCAACUAAAACAGAUCCUAGUGCUAAAGAAUGGAUUAGUCGACAAACGGAAUUAAUUGAUCUUACAGACAAGUGUUUAAACGAAAUUGGGUCUUACGGCUAUUAUAUUGGUAUUAUAGGUACAGAAGAUCCAAGUUUAAAAUCAUUUAUGUGGCUUAUUCAAGCAUUUGAAAAUGCUCAAUGUAAACAACUGCUUCAUACACUUGUUAAAUGUGUAACAAGUCAGUAUUAUAUCGAUGUUUUAAGUAGUCUAAUUAGCCCAAUGGUAACAUCAUUAAACACUACUCACGAAUUUCUUCUUAUUACAUGUCCAAAUUAUAUUGUAACUUGUGAUACAGAGAAAAGUUAUUCGUCCGAAAUACCUAAUAAAUUGUUACAUCAAUAUAAUGAAAUUCUUUCUGAAUUUCUACCACACAUUGGAAAAUGGACAUCACCAGUUAUGUCUUGCCUAUUUUAUCCGAUGGAAUUCAUUUUACCAGCUAUACGUUCGUUAUCAUUUGAACAAAGAAGGCUUAUGUAUAAAAUUAUUCUAGCUUUACUCUUACAUAUACAAGAAAAUCAUUCAAAUACCGAUGCAGCACAUGUCAAGCUAAUUUAUACAUCACUUUGUUUACUGAUUGCAAUAGUUAGAUCGGACAGAGUUUUAUCCAAUCAAUUGAAAAAAGAAACUGAGGAAAAAUCGGAUUUAAUUAAAAUAUUAAGUAGUUUAUCAAAAGGUGAAAGCAAUGAACAAAUACAGUUAAAAGCAGUAGAAUUAAUAUCAUUAUUGGUACCAGAAGAUGAGUUUCGUAAAGAAAACAGUACAGAAAGGGUAACUGGGCUUUUUCUUAAAAAUUUUAAUGCUGCAGUUCACGAUGGAAAACCAAAGAACGCUGACGAAGUAUUAAAAGGAUUCAGAGAUUUAAUACAAAACGAUGACGUUAAAGAAGAAGUUAUGAAACAAGAUGCAUUACCAUCGAUAAUUAAAUUUGCAAAAGAAAGUAUAGAUGAUCCGUUACCAUUGGAAGUUGUAUAUUCCAUGGCAUUCAAUAAAGACGGAAACAAAGUUAUUCGUGAGGAUAAAGAGUUUGUUGAUCAUGUUAAGGUAUUACGCGACUCUGAAAUACGAGGUGUUUCAAAAAUGGCACAUGGCAUUAUGUGGAAAAUAGAAGGUGAAGAGAAAUUUAAACAAAAAGAAGAAGAAAAGGCCAGAAAAAGGGAAGAAGACAAAAAUGAGAAAAACGAAUGUAAAGCAGCUACGAUUCAACUAGCUGCAUCCCCACAAUGUGCUGAAAUAGCACCACCACAAUACGAUAUGAUGAUUUCUUACUGUUGGGCACAACAGCCACUAUGUCAUAGAAUUAAUGAUCGUCUUGAAAAGGAUGGCUAUAAAGUUUGGUUAGAUCGAGAUGAAAUGCGAGGAUCAAUCAUUGAAAGUAUGGCAGAAGCUGUUGAAAAUUCAAAAUUUGUACUCCUUUGUAUGUCAAGUAACUAUAAGAAAAGUAUUAAUUGUAAAGCCGAAGCUGAAUAUGCAUUCAGUCGACAUAGUAAAAUAAUUCCACUUAUUGUCGAACCAAAUUAUAAAGCCGAUGGAUGGUUAGGCUUUAUGGCUGGUUCAAAAAUUUAUGUUGAUUUUGCUGAUAAAGAGGAUGAAGAAUUCGAUAAAGCAUAUAAUUUAUUGAUAGAAGAACUGAAACGAAAUGGAUUGAUUGAAACACUUGGAAAUUCUGAAAACAAAACUGAUCAAACGAAUGGUGCAACAGGAUCUAAGCCUGAAGAACCAACAAAACCUAUAGAACCUACAAAACCUAAAGAACCCACACAACCCGAAGAACCAGAGAAACCUAUUGUUUCAACAAAAGAAUAUUUAAAUUUCCCUGAAGCAUCCAUGUGGAGUAAUCAACAUGUUUUGGAAUUUUUAACCGAUAAGAAACUUGAUCAAUUAAUACCUAUAUGUGAAGCAAUGGAUGGUGAAACAUUAAUUGAAUUUUAUCAGUCAUGCGCAAGAAUGCCCGAUAUUAUGUACGGCUUAUUUAAUAAUUCGAAAGAGCAACCUACAAUAUCCAUCAAUACUUUGUUUAGUUUUCUUGCGAAAUUAAAAAAAUAUUUGCCACCAAAACCAGAACGGAAAGUUUAUUUUCAAUACAAUUUCGUUUAUCCACCAUCGAAUAAAGCCGAAACAGAAAUAACCAGUGGAAAAAAGAAACCAUAA